UAGAACCACCCAAGAGUCUCUUUUGCUCUCUUCUUCUUCUCAUCUCUUUGCCUACAAAAAUGAAAAACCUUCACACCAUUUUCUCUUGCCAAACCAAACCAAAACCAAAACCAAAACCAAAAAAACCAUUUUCAUCUCAAAUUCUCAAUCUUGUUUACCACCAUGUCAUCUCUCUCUGUUCGGCUUCUUUCAAUCCCUUUAUCUUCUUCUUCAAACAAGACAAGGCUCAACGCCACAACAACUCCGGCGGUGGCUCCGGCGACAGCGGUGGCGGUGGACGCCGGGAGGCUGGAGCCGAGAGUGGAGGAGAGAGAUGGGUACUGGGUGUUGAAGGAGAAGUUCAGACAAGGACUUAAUCCUCACGAGAAAGUGAAGCUUGAGAAAGAGCCCAUGAAGCUUUUCAUGGAGAAUGGGAUUGAGGAGCUCUCCAAGAUGUCUAUGGAGGAGAUUGACAGCCAUAAGGCUGCCAAGAAUGAUAUUGAUGUCAGGCUUAAAUGGCUUGGUCUUUUUCACCGGAGAAAGCAUCAAUAUGGUAGAUUUAUGAUGAGGUUGAAGCUACCAAAUGGGGUCACUACAAGUGCUCAAACAAGAUACCUUGCUAGUGUUAUAAGAAAAUAUGGAAAGGACGGUUGUACAGAUGUGACAACUAGGCAAAAUUGGCAAAUUCGUGGAGUGGUGUUGCCUGAUGUUCCGGAAAUACUGAAGGGUCUGGCCGAAGUUGGGUUGACAAGCCUGCAGAGUGGUAUGGACAAUGUGAGAAACCCGGUUGGUAAUCCUCUUGCAGGCAUUGACCCUCAUGAGAUUGUUGACACAAGACCUUAUACAAACUUGUUAUCCCAAUUCAUCACCGCCAACUCGCGCGGCAAUCCAAUCAUUACAAACUUGCCAAGGAAGUGGAAUGUGUGUGUAAUUGGCUCUCAUGAUCUUUAUGAGCACCCUCACAUCAAUGAUCUUGCUUACAUGCCCGCCACAAAAGAUGGACGAUUUGGAUUCAAUUUGCUUGUUGGAGGCUUCUUCAGUCCUAAACGGUGUGAAGAGGCGAUCCCUCUUGAUGCCUGGGUGUCUACAGAUGAUGUGAUCCCAGUUUGCAGAGCCGUACUAGAGGCCUUUAGGGAUCUUGGCAACAGAGGCAACCGACAAAAGACGAGAAUGAUGUGGUUGAUCGAUGAACUUGGGAUAGAAGGAUUCAGAGCAGAAGUAGUGAAGAGAAUGCCCGGGAAAAGUCUAGAGAGAGCAUCUUCUGAAGAUCUGGUUGAUAAACAAUGGGAGAGGAGAGAUUAUCUAGGUGUUCAUCCACAAAAACAAGAAGGGCUUAGCUAUGUUGGCCUGCACAUUCCAGUUGGGCGUGUUCAAGCAGACGACAUGGAUGAGCUAGCUCGUUUAGCUGAAGAGUAUGGCAGAGGGGAACUCCGCCUCACUGUGGAGCAAAACAUCAUAAUUCCCAACGUCGAGAACUCAAAAAUCGAAGCACUGCUCAAAGAGCCUCUUCUGAAGGACAGGUUCUCCCCCGAGCCCCCCCUUCUCAUGAAGGGCUUGGUGGCCUGCACGGGCAACCAGUUUUGCGGCCAGGCCAUCAUCGAGACCAAGGCCAGGGCCUUGAAGGUGACUGAGGAGGUGGAGAGGCUAGUGGCAGUGACUCGUCCGGUGCGGAUGCACUGGACGGGGUGCCCAAACACCUGCGGGCAGGUUCAGGUUGCGGAUAUCGGGUUCAUGGGGUGCAUGACAAAGAAUGAGAAUGGCAAGGUUGUUGAAGGAGCAGAUGUGUUCUUGGGAGGGAGAAUUGGGAGUGACUCACACUUGGGACAAGUUUACAAAAAGGGUGUCCCUUGCAAGGACUUAGUGCCCUUGGUUGUGGACAUUUUGGUCAAUCAUUUUGGGGCUGUUCCUAGGGAGAGGGAAGAAGGAGAGGAAUGAUUGAAGCUGGACCAAUGGUGUUUGAUGUUUGUCUUUUACCUAUUUGGAGAGGAAAAAGCAGUGGUUUAGAAUUUUUUGCUCAUGGAACUAACAUGAAUGGCUUGAAAUAGCCAGAGGAAAGAGGGAAGGGGUGCUCAUGCAGAUAUUUACAUGUUUAGUUGUAUUCGCCUGUUUUAACUCCUUGUGCAUGUAAAGUGGAAUAUUGGAAAUCUAGU